AUGGCCCAGAACGCACGAGGUUCAGCCCUCACCGACGAGCUCAUACAGUCUAUCCUCGGCUUCGAUCCGGCCACCAACAGACAGGCUUACAAACACGCCAAAGACAUUGCCUCGCGUGGACUGCGCGGUUACCAAUAUGCGCGCACUAAUCAGUUUGAUGUCGUGUCUACAUAUGCUGGCCUCGACGAGAAGUUCCGCGUGAAGAACCGCGACGAUCUCGCUGAUGCCCUGAAGACACGGCUGCAGAAGCUAGAAGCACGAGCAAGCAAAUUUACCCCGGACAUCCUGUCGUUCCUCUUGCUACUGUCUGAUAGACCGCUGGAGAAUACCAAAGUGGAAGCUUUGGAGCUGUUGCGGCCUCCCAGCCCCGAGCUACCUCUGACGUGGGAUGAAAUCUUAGAGAAUGAUCCGUACAGCGACGAAGACAUCUGGAAGGACAUUGACUAUGCCGUCGAAUCGUCGGGCGAUGAACAAGCGUCGAAGAAGCGUGCGAAAGCAAAGGUGUCGCCGCCGACCAGUGUUGACGAAGACGACACUUACGACCCCACCGCUUGCGUGCUAUCAACGGAAGAGAAUUUGUCCAAAGACCUUGAGGCAGCUCAGUUUUGGAAUACUUCAUCGGAAUCAGACGGUUCAGUGACAGAGAUUACCGAACUCCAGAUGUUACGAGAGACAUUGUUUAUGCUCGCAGGGCUUCGAACCAGUCUUUACAAGCUCGAUCCUCAGCAAAGCAGUAUUCGCAUCAAUCCCAAAUAUGUCCUUGCCUCUGCGAUGUCCAACACAGUGCAACACCUCCUUUCAGAGCUGGUCAAUAUCGGCAGAAACGUCUAUCGCUUGCGGCAGUGGACUAAGCGGUCGCAGACGCUACCCCUCAUCCAGACCUUCGAGUCGACAGUCAGAAUGCGCCUCGUCGCCUUCGAUCGCGCUCUUGCAGACGUGCAACAACGAUACCUAACGCCGAACUCACCAGCAGCAGUGAGUCUACUUCAAUUACACACGGAAGUGCGUUCCAUGUCUGCGCCGCUUCUUCGCCUGGCGCAUUUGACUUCGGACGUCGAGGUUGCACUGCUUGUGAACCCUUUCAGUCACCUAGAGGCGCUCUUCGACCAAAUCAACCUCGCUCAGAUGACGCUAGAAAUCAGAUCGUUCCAAUAUCUCUCUUCCGUGUUCUUCGACUGUCUACAGACAUACCUCAAACCCAUCCGGAAGUGGAUGGAAGCUGGCGAGCUGGGAGCCAACGACGAGACUUUCUUCGUCUUCGAAAGCGACUCUGGCAGCGAUGCCGCCUCACUCUGGCACGACCGUUACGUCCUGCGCCGGGAUGCGCAAAAUAGUUUGCAGUGCCCUUCGUUCCUACAGCCCGCCGUAAAGAAGAUAUUCAACACUGGAAAGAGCAUUAUUUUUUUGAAAGAGCUAGGGAUACGUGGAGCAGGCGCGCAGCCGUUUGGAAGUGAGCCGCGACUUGAUCAUGAGAGCGUGUGCGGUCUGUCCGACGACGUGCCAGUACCUCCAUUUGCCGAGCUGUUCCAGGCUGCUUUUGAUCGCUGGAUGCAGAGUAAAUACUCGCAAGCCUCAUCUGUGCUUCGGGAGCACCUUGUCGAAACUAGCGGUCUCAUGCGCACAUCGGUCAUUCUCGAAACACUCUAUCUCGGUAAGAACGGGGCAGUCUUCGAAGACUUUGCUAACGCAUUGUUCGAACGCAUGGAUGGAGGCCGGAGGGGCUGGAAUGACCGAUAUGUCCUGACCGAAAUCACACGCACCAUAUUUGGCACCGUGAUGCCUCACCAGGAUGCCGAAAGAAUUGUCGCUCGCUCGUCCAAAGUGAAGGCAACGAGCCAAUCAGUCAAGGAUCUGGCUGCAGUCUCGCUUGACUUCGCUCUUUCUUGGCCGAUUCAGAACAUCAUUCAGCGCUCCUCCCUUCCCGUCUACCAGCAAGUCCUGACCUUCUUGCUCCAAUCGUACCGUGCAAAGUACUUGCUCCAGCGCGCACGACCCGGGCGAGGCCCUCAGCUAAAAUCUGCACGGAUUCAGCUUACAUACAAGCUGCAGCAUCGCGUGACCUGGUUCGCGGAUAUACUGCGCUCGUACCUUACGGAGACUGUCAUAUUCUUCACGACUCGAGCCAUGGACGCCCAGAUGGAGAAAGCAGAAGACAUUGACGAGAUGGCACAGGCACAUCUCAGAUAUGUCACAAAUUUACAGACGCGCGCUUUAUUAUCGAAAGACGUAAAACCGAUACACAAAGCGGUCAUCGAGAUGUUGGACCUCAGCGUGCUCUUCGCCAAGACAUUAGCAAGUACCCGCGACCAAAGCACUAAAGUUGUGAUUCCGAGAAAGACUAGGUCCAUGUGGCAAAGGGAUACGACGCUCAUCGCCGCAACCGCAGAGCUUUCGGACUCAGACCCGGGUUCGGACGCCGAAGAUGACCAUCACGAGACUGUCGAUGAAGCAGCACAACGAAGUCCCAUGGAGUCACUUCGGUAUAUCGACAGCGAAUUCGAUAGGCUACUUCCCUUCAUCACUGCGGGUCUGAGAAGUGUAGGAAGAGUGGGCGCGGAACCCAUGUGGGAACAAUUGGCGGAACGCCUGGAGUGGAAAGACAAGAAGCUGCGCACUUGA